AUGUUCAACAUUGCAGUUGUAAUUGAUGUCUUUGUGGAUCCCCAAUAUGUUCUUCAUGUGGCCAACCUUCUUAUCACAAACUAUUAUCUAUCCAUUAUUGGCAUUGUCUUUGCCACUGUCUGGAGUACAAGUACAUCUGUCAAGAAGAGCCAGCCUGAUGUACCAAACUGGCAGCUUUAA